GGAGGGAGGUGUGGCCCGCGACUGGUCUGGUCAAGUUGCCGUGGCGCGGAGAACUCUGCAAAACAAGAGGCUGGGGAUUGCGUUAGCGAGAAACCAGUUCUCGCCGGAGCUUGGGGAAGGAAGUCUCUCUGCGGAGGUCUGAGGGAAGCAGCGCUCGCAGCAGCCCCCUCCCCGCGGGUCCCCACCCCGGUCCCCGGUCCGGACACGGCUUUCUCCUCGGCAGGUAGACAGACGCCGCGCCGUCGUCAUGGGCAAGGGUGACCCCAACAAGCCGCGGGGCAAAAUGUCCUCGUACGCCUUCUUCGUGCAGACCUGCCGCGAGGAGCACAAGAAGAAGCAUCCCGACUCGUCGGUGAACUUCGCCGAGUUCUCCAAGAAAUGCUCCGAGAGAUGGAAGACCAUGUCUGCAAAGGAAAAGUCCAAGUUUGAAGAUUUGGCCAAGAGCGACAAAGCUCGUUAUGACAGGGAGAUGAAGAACUAUGUUCCUCCCAAAGGGGAUAAGAAAGGAAAGAAAAAAGACCCCAAUGCUCCGAAGAGACCACCGUCUGCCUUCUUCCUGUUUUGCUCUGAAAAUCGCCCAAAGAUCAAAAUUGAACACCCAGGCCUGUCUAUUGGAGAUACUGCGAAGAAACUGGGUGAGAUGUGGUCUGAGCAAUCUGCCAAAGAUAAACAACCGUAUGAGCAGAAAGCAGCUAAACUAAAGGAGAAGUAUGAAAAGGAUAUUGCUGCAUACCGUGCCAAGGGCAAAAGUGAAGCAGGAAAGAAGGGUCCUGGUAGGCCAACAGGCUCAAAGAAGAAGAACGAACCAGAAGAUGAGGAGGAGGAAGAAGAGGAGGAAGAGGAGGAAGAUGACGAGGAAGAAGAGGAGGAUGAAGAAUAAGUGGCUGUCCUAAAGUGUGGAGUAUAUUUGCUCAGGCAAUUAUUUUGCUAAGAAUGUGAAAUUCAAGUGCAGCUCAACAUUAGCUUCAGUAUAAAAACUGUACAGAUUUUUGUAUAGCUGAUGAGAUUCUUUGUAGAGAAAAUACUUUUUAAGAAGAGUUUGUAGCUUUUUCAGGGGCUACAACUACAGUUAGAUUUAAAGCUUUUGAUGUUGAAUGUUUCUAAAUAUUUAAUGGUUUCUUUAAUUUCUUAUGCUAGCAAAAAAAAAACUUCAUAGGAAUUUGUAUUACCAGUAAAAAUUUUUUUUAGGAUGUUGCAUUUUUUUGUUUUUUUUUAAAUUUGUAAUAAAAUAAUGUAUAUUAAUUUGCAUUGUGUUUGUAUUAAUUUUUCCUUAAACAGAUACAGGCAUGUUAGUCUUUUUACACAGUUAAGUUUUGUGUUAACCAUUUACUAAUUUGCUUCUCUGAUUUUUGUGGUUAGAAGGGCCAAUUUCUUUUAAUGACCACAAGCUAACAUAUUAGCAACAGGUUAAAGCGUUAAGGACAUACUGCCUUGAUUUCCAGAGCAAAUAGACUUAAAAAAACUUUAAAAGUUCUGUGAUUGUACAAAUAGUAAGUCUAAAAGAUUAUCCACUCAAAUUUGGAGUCGGGGUAUGAUCUUUUAAAUUUUUAGGCUUUGGGUAGUUUAGUAUACUAAAAUAUUUUGGAUAAUGUACUAGAUACCCAGGUGUGGGGAUUUAAUUAUUUUGAUUCACUUUUUUAUCAGUAUGGAUGUGAGAUAUGGACAGGUCUUAGCUUAUAAGUCUUAGCUUGUACCAAAAUUGGAAGUUACGAGAUGAGGUGAGUUAAAUGUGUUGGGAAACUUGUGUAGAUGUUGAAAGUAGUUAUACCAGGCUGGGUGUGGUGGCAGGUACAUGCAAUCCCAGAGUGGAAGGUAGAGAGAGGGCAGGAGGGUUGGAGUUAGGACACCACCACCAAAGUACAUGCUUCAAUGGUAUUUAAAAUGUUAAGGAAAUUAUAUAUAUAUAUCAGAUAGUUACAUCCCUUUUCAACUUUGGAUUUUUCAAAACUACUAACAAAUCAAGAAUGAGCAUAAUCAUAUAUUUAUGACAUAAGUAUUACACAAAUGAAUUCUUAGAGCACUGACUUUGUUAAAUGUCUGCAUCUUCUCAUGUUGAAUAGGUUGUAAUUUAACUAGUUCCCUAAAAAUCUCAACAGAUUUCCUGAGGCCAGCCUGUCUACAGAGUUCUAAGAUGGCCAAGGCUACACAGAAGUUCUUGGCAUCACUGUCUUUCUUGAUAGCAGCCUACCCAACUUUUAAGAAUAUUCCUGUGACUAUUUAUAUGUGAAAAAAGUCCUAGAAGGAAUAACAGCUAAAAGGUAUAGAUAAUACAGAAUUUGCUACUUAGAAUAAUCUAAACCUUUAUUUUUAUUUAAAUUUUAUUUUAUUUAUUUAUUUUGAGAUGGUUUCUCUGUAUAGCCCUGGCUGUCCUAGAUCAGGCUGGCCUCGAACUCAGUUAUCCGCCUGCCUCUGCCUCCCAAGUGCUGGGUUUAAAGGCGUGCACCACCACUGCCUGGCUUAAACCUUUACUUUUUGUUUCUGACAAUGCUGGAGAUAGAACCCAGAGCCUUAUGCAUGCCAGGCAAGUGCUGUACCUCUGAGCUCACUUGAAUGCCUUUGCUAUUUUCUCCCAAACCUGUACUUGAAGUUUGUUAGAAAGCUACACUAAGUAAUAGUAUAUAGUCUACACUAACCAUACUAGCAGUUUUGUAGUUCCCAUUUGAUCGAAGUAAUGGUUUUCAAAUUUCAGUCUUUGUUAUUCUGAUGUAUAUCUCACGUGUAUCAUAUUCUAAAACAAUAUUUUUUUAUACUU